CGCCUUCUUCCAUCAUCUAACUAUCUCUUGCUCUUUCCACCUCCCUUGACUUAACCUCCAAAAAAUAAUUAUUCCUAUUUCCCUUCUCUCCAUUACCCUACUCUCACUUUGUUGGCCGUUGACUGAAAUUCAUAAUCUCUUCAUCACUGCCCUCACCUUUCCAAAAUACUCGAUUCUUCACCGUCUCCUUACUCUCAUCUGAAAGAUCUUCCCCCCCCUCCCUCCCUCCCUCUACCUUUCUUCCUAUAGCUUGCCCCCCCCCCCCCCCCUACCAUUUCUAGCCUCAUCCCUCCCUCCAGCACAAGUGAUCCUGCCUCCUUUACAGACGCCAUAGAUGAUUUACCUCGCUUGAGUGUGUCGCUCGACUUAAUCCAGGGAGAUGCCGUGGACUGUGACAAAUUCAUUCAAGCGGUGAGUUCCCCCUUCUUUGAAAAAUGGAAUGUCUGCCUCACUGACGCGAUCGCGCUCCUCAAGAGGUCUCAUGAUGAAAACUUACGGGCGUCCGCUGUGGCGCGUAUAUGACGAUGACCAGGGACCCGCCGCCAAAAAAAGACGCGUCGCGUUAUCCGGCUUCGACUCGGAUGAGGCGGAGAAUAGUAUUCAAUAUGCCAUCCGAGAAUCAUCCGCUGCCGUGCUAUCCAGUCCAUCACGUCGCAACUCAGUCGUGCUCUCCGAAGGAACUCAGGAUGAUGAUCUGUCGACGCCUCCAUCGUCGCCCCCGCCACGUUUAAGCCCCCCGCCCGCCAAUACGCGAAAACCGACUUUUGCCUUUCUCAAACGCAAGCACACUGCCACCAAAGAUGCUGCCGGUAACAGCACGCCUUUAACCGAGGUCAACUCCAAUAGUGUGCGUGCCUCGAUGGAUCCCCCAAAGAAGAAGACGACCGCCGCGGCCGCGACGACGACGACGGCAACCACGGCAACCACGGCAACCACGGCAACCACGUCAACCCCAGCGACACCGCAAUUGCAACAACCGGGCGCUUUGAAGCAGAUGCAGAUCGAUGUUGGCUGUGAGGUGCGGCGAACUUGUGCGACCUGCGGUAUGGAAUAUGUGCCCUCAAAUGCGGAGGACGCAGCAACGCACAAAAAAUUCCACGAAAUGAACUCGACAGGGGUGGAUCUGGGCAAGGCAUUCAUGCGCGCCAACGCAUCUCGUUGGGUUUAUGAAGCCACUCGCUUUGACGAGGGAUAUGUAGUCAUUGUCGAUCGCAAAGCAUCCCCAACGGCAAAGAACCAGGCCAAGAAAGUGCUCGAGGUCAUUUGCAAGGAACUUUCUUCCCCCAUCAUCGAAGACGAAGUUCUAUGGAGCCAGACAGAGCCACCGGUUCACCUACGCAAAAAUGGCACGACGGAGAAGAUAGAUCGCUACAAGGUCUUCUUACACAUGAAGGAUAGCCGCUGCGUGGGGGCCUGUUUGACCGAGCGGAUUUGGGAAUCCCGACCGAUCCAGAAAUCCUCCGCCCCGGCCCCAGGCACCACCGACUCCUCGGUCACCGUUCGCGACGAACACCACCCGGCUAUCGUGGGAAUCUCUCGGAUCUGGACUUCGGAAUCCUCGCGUCGCAAGGGAAUUGCCAUGGAUUUAUUGGAUUGUGUGGUCAGCAACUUCAUCUACGGCAUGGAAAUCCCCAAGGAACAGAUUGCCUUCAGCCAGCCGACCGCGAGUGGCAAAGGUCUGGCGCAGUCCUUCUUUGGUAACGACGAGUGGCACAAUGAGCAUCACAGUUACAGUUACAGUUGUUACAAUACUACUUUCCCCUCUCAAUCCAAGACAGUCUCAAUCCCCUACAGUCCAGAAUCUCGCGUCUCCGUGCCUGAACCUUCACCGUUUCCGGGGUCGAAUAGCUUCCCCAGCUUCUCAACCUCCACGCAUCCGCCCGAACUCGUCGACUCCGCUUCGUCCGAUGAUCAAUCCGAUACAGAUCCGUUCCAUCAACCUUCUUUCGCCAGUGACCAGGAAAAUGAUCACCAUGACGACGACCAAGAUACUGACGGGUCAAUCGUCGAUGCUGUAGACUCACACCCUUCGGUAUCGGCAAGGUCACCGGCAGUGCAGCCAACCGCUGCGGUUUCGCAGACAAUCAGGACCAAGAACUAUCACACGCAACGUCGGCCUGUGGCAUCAUGGCAAGAGAAUGCCCACCCAAUGGGACGAACCGGCUCUUCUGUGUCCCUUGCCUCGACCGAAUACACCCGUACUUCUGACGGCAGUACCCCCGAUGUCUCUCAACCAUCCCUGCGGUCAGCAGGCCGGGUAGAGCUGGGAACGCCUUCCUCAACCGAUUCUCGUCCUCGUCCGCUUGCCAGCCGUGCCGUAAAUCGUGACAGAAUGCCCCCCCCUCCGCCGCCCAAGAGUCACCAUGGACGGCUCAUCAAUCCUAGUCCGGGCGCCACAUCUUCUCACUCCCAAUCCACUCCCGGUCAAUCCUCCAGCCGAUUCUCCCUCCGUGGUACACCCUCAGAACCAUCGUACUCACCCCGUCCAGCCCAACCGGCGACGGACUACUUCUCUGGCGUGGAAACGAGCUGUUCCACCCAGUCAGCCCCGGUCGACGUGCUUCGUCGGAGCCAGUCGCAAUCCAAGCGGCCUCCGACCCCUCCAUUGAGCCGCCGACAUAGUCAGAUGCGGCGGUCAAAAACCACUUCCGCUAAAGUGAACCCGGUACGACUCUCCAUACCGCCAGAAGCAGACGCUACAGCUGCUGCUGCUUCUGUGGCCAUCCCGCCCCCGAGUCCGAGCUCGUGGUCCUUGCACCCCACCCGGACACGAGAUCCCCGCCUGGCCAGCACGCCAUCCGAGGAGUCGGUGCCGUCCUCGUCCUCCUCAAACCGCCUUUCACUACAGAUUGAUUCCCCCACCCCGUGGACCCCCAGGGAGCCUGGGCGGGCGGCCUCGCCCAGUCCCUCAAUCAAGCGCGCCUCGCUCCAGAACCCCCCGCCUCCGCCACCGCGGCGCUCGCGCGGAUCCGGCAACCACAGUCCAGACAGUGUGCGCCUCAGCCUCCGGUCAAGUAAGCCACCGGUCGCCGCUGCGAAAGAUGACUAUAUUCCGUAUCCGUCGAACGCCAACGACAUUUUGGCGGAUCUCACCCGAUUACAGAAGGAGGUGGAUGACCUACGCGGUCACUACGAGAGUCGCAAGGCGAGUCAUUGAAGACCGCUAACUUCCAGCUUACCGAUCACAUAUACCAUCCCAUAGUUCUGUAUCGUUAAAGUUGUGUAAACAUGUGCGUUGAAAUGCAACGAGCGACGAAGCAUAGCGGUUUCUUUUCUACUUUUGCCUUUUCUUUCCUCGAGUCUAUCCUCGGCUAAGCUUAAUGGUUUGCAUGUCACUAUAUGAAAUACGAUUCUAGUGGUUGGACUGAUCCUGUACCAUCCUAUUGUUGGGAGUUUAUAUUAUUUCAGUCUCACGCUUUCUUGUCUCCGCAAGCG